AUGGGCGUACUACUGUCAAGGAUAUGGAACUACUUCCGUUCGGAAGGAACCAAGAUCGUGAUAGUGGGUUUAGACAACGCUGGCAAGUCGACCAUUCUCUAUCAGUUUGUAUUAAAUGAGACCGUCCAAACUUCGCCUACUAUCGGCAGCAACGUGGAAGAAUUUAGGUGGCGAAAUUUGCAUCUGGUGAUGUGGGACUUGGGUGGGCAAGAGUCACUGCGCCCGACCUGGGGCACUUACUACGCUGGCUCGGAAUUUGUCAUUAUGGUCAUCGACAGCACUGACCGAGAGCGGCUAUCCAUUUCCAAAACCGAACUGUACAAAAUCCUUGCGGCAGAAGACCUACGCAAAGCAAAAAUCCUGAUAUUUGCCAACAAGCAGGAUGUAAUUGGAUGCAUGUCUGUAGUUGAGGUUGGGCAUAAAUUGAACCUGACCUCUAUCAAGGACCACCCGUGGCAUAUUCAAGCCUGCUGUGCCCUCACUGGGGAAGGGUACGCUCUUUUUAGUCCUUGCGUUUUAAUAUUGUUUAAUUUUUGA